AUGGCCGAGUCAACGCCUGUAGGCGCACCUACAAGCACGGUACCUACAGUGGAAUCCGAGUCCGAGACCGAAGAGGUCGUCGAACAGCAAGAUGGACAGGCCGGCACAACUGCAGACGGCGCAGCAACCAAGAAGAAGAAGAAAUCGAAACGGAAGAAGGUAGCAUCCGCGAUCACAGGCGGCAGCGGGGAUCCUUCAAGACCAGCAGCCAAAAUAUCACAGGAAGGAAUGCAGCAAAUAAUGGAAGCCAACCCUGCGCUGAAGGGAGAGCUGUCGAAAAUGUCGCCAGAAGCAGCACAGGAGAUGUUGAAGAAGAUGGACGUCAACCAGCUCUUGACAGGCCUUUCACUGAACGGCCGAAACCAGAAGGACAUGGCUUCGUAUAAGUUCUGGAGUACACAGCCAGUGCCACGGCUCGACGAGAAGCCUGGCGAUAUUCAAGACGGCCCAAUAAAAGAAGUCGAUCCAGAAAGAGUACCAAAAGACCCUGCACCAUUACCAGAUGGCUUCGAAUGGGUGCUCCUCGACUUGAAUAAAGACGAUGAGAUCAAGGAAGUCUACGAACUCCUCACAGACCACUACGUCGAGGACGGGGCUGCAACGUUUCGCUUCGACUACUCAAAAUCGUUCCUCGACUGGGCUCUGAAAGCACCCGGCUGGCAAAGAGACUGGCACAUCGGCGUACGGGUGAAGAAGGCAGGCGGAACAGGCAAACUCAUAGCAUCCAUCUUCGGCAUACCCACGAAACUGCGAGUGCGUAAGAACAUCCUCGACGUGGUGGAAAUCAACUUCCUCUGUGUGCACAAGAAGCUGCGCGACAAGCGCCUGGCACCAGUCCUCAUCAAAGAAGUCACGCGUCGGGUCAACCUUCGAGGCAUAUAUCAGGCCAUCUACACUGGUGGCACCAUCCUUCCCACGCCAGUGAGCUCGUGUCGGUACUAUCAUCGAAGCUUGAACUGGCUGAAACUCUACGAAGUCGGAUUCUCGCCCUUACCACCUCACUCAACAAAACAACGGAUGAUUACCCGCAAUGCAUUGCCCGACAAAACCAGUACGAAAGGCUGGCGAGCUAUGGAAGAAAAAGACAUCGAUGCUGUCUUGGAUCUGUUGUCUCGAUACCUGAAGCGGACAGAUCUCGCACAAGAGUUCACAAGAGAAGAGAUUGAACACUGGCUGAUUGACCGUACCGAAUCCAAGAAAGACCGUGUGGUAUGGGCGUUUGUGGUCGAGGACAGCUCGACAGGCGCAAUCACAGAUUUCAGCAGUUUCUACAGCCUGGAAUCCAGUGUGCUGGGUGAUGCAGCCAAGAUCCACAAGAAGAUCUACGCCGCGUAUCUAUUCUACUAUGCCUCGGAAACGGCUUUCGAAAAGGCAGAAAAGGGUCUGAAAGAGCGCUUGCAACAGAUCAUGAAUGAUACGUUGAUUGAAGCAAAGAAUGCCAAUUUCGACGUCUGCAACGCCCUGACCCUGAUGGACAAUCCCUUCUUCCUCGAACAGCUCAAGUUCGGCGCUGGCGAUGGCCAGCUACACUACUAUCUGUUCAACUGGCGAACGACGCCCGUCAGCGGCGGCGUGGACAAGCGGAUGACACCUGAUGAGGGCCAACGGAACGGCGUGGGCAUAGUAAUGCUGUAG